UGCCUCCUCUAUCUCCCUCUGGCAUUCUUUUUUAGCCUUUUUUUCUAUCCUUUGCUCCUCAUUUUUCCACCCUCUCCCCGUCUCCCGACACCUUCCGUCUCUCCCUUCUAUUCUUGUCUCUUUAUCUGCUUCACUCCCUCCCUCACUUUCUCCCUCUUUCUCUCGUCGGCCUCCUUCUUGUCGCAUGUUAUACAUGCACAGCUUAUCUAUGCCCUCACAAAUCCUGCAGGAUUUCUUGGUUUUUCUGUCUGGGAGACUAAAGAAUACAACGGAGGACAGAGGAUUAAAACAUUUUAGCAGCAGAAACUCAGACGUUGUCCAGACUGCGAGGGGUAAAUACAGGAACUAUGUUGGCCUUGGAACAUGAUCGGCUCCGAGGGCCUGAAGUGGUGAGAGCCUGAGAGGUGACUGAUUCAAUGGCGUGGACUGAACCCCAGUGGCAUCCAGAUCCACAUCCAGAACUCAAAUUGGCAUUGUGCAGCCUCAGGAUUCGCUUAGCAUCUUCAUCAGUCGUCUUCCUCCUCCUUGUACUUGCUGACUUCACCGGCCUCUGUACAGCCGGUCCACCCCGGCCAGCCCGACCUCCUCUCCUGUCUGGACAGCCUUUCAUUAUAUUCUGGGGCAUCCGUGACUCUUCGUGCUCCGGUCGGCCAGAUCCCAGGUCUUUUGGGAUGGAACGUGAAGGCCGUGUAGCCGUCUUUUACGAGGACACGUUGGGGAAUUAUCCAUAUUUUGUGGACAAAGACACACCGGUCAAUGGGGGGCUGCCGCAGCACACUCGCCUGGACAGCCACCUCCAAAAGACACAGCAGGACCUGGAGUCAGCUCUACCCGCACCGAGGUACCUGGGGCUGGGGGUGCUGCGCUGGGCAGAGUGGGUCCCUCAGUGGUCGAGGAACCAGGAGAAGCAGGCGACGUAUCAGGAGGCGUCGAGGAACUUGAUGAAGUCUUUCUUUCCCAGCUGGACCUCAGAAGAGGUGGAGAAGUGGUCACAGGUGGACUUCGAGGCAGCAGCCCAGUCAGUAAUGACAGAGACUCUCCGGGAGGUCAAAAGGUUACGGCCCAAAGCAUUGUGGGGAAUGUCUCCUUACCCCAGCUGCUACAACAGCAACCCCACACAAACCACGUUAGGCAACUACACUGGCCAGUGCCCUGCUGCAGAGAUGGGCCUGAACAACGAGCUUCUGUGGCUGUGGAAGAGAAGCUCUGCCCUCUACCCUCUGUUCACCUUAGAGAAGCUGCAGAGUGGAACUGCCGGAGCCAAGCGUUAUUUAUCGAGUCAAAUAAAAGAAGCACUUCGAGUCUCAUCUCUGGCCGGAACAGAGUUUGAUCUUCCUGUGUUUCCUUUUGUCAAGAGCGUCUACGCAUCGACUAAUACUCUGUUAUCACAGGAUGACCUGGUCAGCACCAUUGGAGAAAGUGCUGCCAUGGGAACAGCAGGAGUUGUCUUCUGGGAGAAAAGUGAAACGAAGACUGAGAGAGACUGUCAGGACCUGGCAGAGUUCGUCCGUAAAGUCCUGGGACCCUACUCCAUCAACGUAACCACAGCAACCCGACUCUGCUCAGUCUCCCUUUGCCAGGGGAAGGGUCGAUGCGUCCGACAAAACCCAGAGAGCUCCGUAUAUCUCCAUCUACCACCUCCACCCACAGCACCAGACAAGGUGACGGAAAAGGUGACAGAAAAGCCUGAGGCAGCAAAAGUGACAGAACAACCAGACACAGACACUAAAACAGCCGAACCGGAUCCAGCUGAGAUCUGGAAGAAGGACUUCCAGUGUCAGUGGUACAAGACUGCAGACGGAGACGUGUCAGAGCAGCAGUCCCCCAAAGAUGGAGUGUCUAUCAGGAGGACAGUGCUAGAAAGCUCUGGAGCUGCAGCGUUGGCUACUAGAGCUUCUGCAAUAGCUUCUACAACAAAACGUGCCACUGUGACUGAGUUUAGAGGAAGUAGUUCACCUGCUACUUGGAGUCCGAUGCCUUCAGUACCAACAGACGAUGGUAACAAACCACCGAGUGUCCCAGUCUGGACUGGUUUGCUGCUGCUGUUGACUGCAAGCCUUUGCCUGGAUCCUUAAAACUAUCCCAGCUGCCACCUGGGAGAGUAAAACUCUGAGUAUAAGAAGUGCCCUUGAGCCAGACACUGAAUCCCUGCUUGUGGCAGGUGUACUGCUUUGUUGCUGAACACAAUCUGAAUAGAUUCUAUAAAGGAGGACGACAAACUAUGUCUGGAGCUGGAUGUGCCAAGACAAUUGUAAAACCCUUUGCUUUGCCCCCCCUCCCCCCUUUCAAUUUCUACUGAAUGUAUUGUUUUUUCUGUAAAGGCAAAAGAAAAAAUGACAAAAUUGAGUUUUCUAACCUCACCAAAGACUUCUAAAUUUAUGAAACUGCAGUGAAGUAUGUCUUUGCACAUUUUGUUUUAUGUUAAAUGUUUGUAAUAUGACAAAUAAUUCUUCAGUUUAAGACUUACCGUAAUCUGGGUUCUCUUUCUGGUACAUAGAAGAGUCAGGUCGAAGAGCAAGUUCACCAAAAGAAAAGAAAAAACAACAAAACAAUGAAUUUCCAUCGAAAAAUCUAUAAAAUCACAGAUAGUGACAUCUGUAGAUUAUUCAGGAUGAGUGGCAGCAGAAGAUUGCCACUCUACAAAUGCAAAAAAAGAUUUAUUUUUUUUUUACUUGUGAUUUGGGUAAACUGAACCUUUAAUCUGUCUUAAAAAGUUAUUAAAUUUCAGCUAAUUUACAAGCAACAUGGUCCACUGAGACUAAAUAUGGUGCAAUUCCAUGUCAGCACACUGUCUAAAUGAUUUAUUUCUUCAUUUGGUCAUGAAACCGACCAACCAAUAAGUGAAAUAUUACCUUUUUGUAUUGCACUGACUUCCCUGCAGUAACUUUGAUAGAAUUACAGUCACAAACUUCAAGUUAUUUAGCUGAAGCUGAAUGUAAACCACAAAAAUGGCGUCACUAAGAUUUAACCAUUUUAUUUCUAAAGCUAAGAAAAGAUUUACUUUUGAAACAAAACAAAAAAAUAAACAUUUGCUUUCAUAGUUUAGAAACUGAACAGCUCGAUACAGCAAAAUAAAAAUCCUUUGGGGGCAGUUUUAAGCGGUUUUAAGUUAGUGUUUGCUGUUGAAGACAAUCUAGGAGAGGAUGAAAGAUGGUGUUUACUGUUGUCUGCCAAAAAAAAAAAAACAUCUCUGGGCUAAAAACUUUGCAUCUUUUAUUUAUUUAUUUAUUUAUUUAUUUUUACCUACCCCAAAUGUUAAGUCUUCAAAAGGCCCAUCUGUUGACCUGCAGCAAAUAUUUUCACAGCUCUCUGGCCCCCUCUGCCUGACUUCUGGUGAAACUACAUUUGCUUUCACUCCUGUCAUCACAGAAAAAGUUCAUUUGUAAAUAAUAAAAUUACUGAUAACUGAAUCCCAUUUAGAUGCAAGGCUCGUAGUAUUGUA